AUGAGUUCAACAUCAACGGACCCCUAUCCCACUCUGUCCCCCUUAUUUGCCAUUCAGGAGAUCAACCAGGAUCCUAAGCUUUUACCCAAUGUCACCCUGGGCUACAGCAUCUAUGAGGCCGCUUUUGAUGUCACAACAGCGGCUGAUGCCCUGCUAGACAGCAUUCCAAGCUACAGCUGUGGAGGACAGAAUAAUGUGUUAGCUGCUUUUGAAGAAACAGCUACUGAAAUCUCCAGCCAUAUUUCAAGAAUGUUGAGCAUCUACAAAAUGCCCCAGAUCAGUCUGGGCUCUACUGCUUAUGAUCUUAAGGGGAAGAAACAGUUCCCUUUUAUCUUCUGGAUGGCCCCAAAACAAGAAACCCAGUACAUGGGGAUUGUCAAGUUGCUGCUCCACUUCGGGUGGACAUGGGUCGGUCUCUUUGUUCCAGACAAUGACAAUGGAGAAAGGUUCCUGAGUGCUUUCACACCUCUGAUGAUCCGUAGUGGAAUCUGUGUUGCUUUCUUGGAAAAAAUGCCUUUUUUCAUUAUGAAGAUGUCAUCCUUACAUUGUAGACCAUCUGUCCUGAGGCAAGUCAAGGUGUUCAUUUACUAUGGAGACUCUGAAAAUGGAAUUUAUACAAUCACAUUCAUACAACGCAUUCAUGAAGUGAGGAAAUCUCAGGGGUUAGUUUGGAUCACAACAGAUGUUACUGACAUUGAUGUGAUGUUGUUUGGUGAUGUGGCUUCCUUCCAGCCUGCCCAAGGUUCUUUGUCCUUGCUUCACCCUUUCUUAAAAGAAAUCCAGCUUUCCAAUUCAUCCAUAGGAGGGAUGUAUUUUGAUAAGAAUGGGGAGCUGACUGCCAACUUUGAUAUCAUGAACUGGGUCGUAUUUCCCAAUAGAUCUCACAGCAGAAAGAAAGUUGGGAGCAUCGAGGAACAGGCAUCCUUCGAUGUCAUGCCUCGUUCAAGAUGCACUGAAAUCUGUCGCCCUGGAUACGCCAGAGUAGCUAAAGAAGGAGAGCCCGUUUGCUGCUAUGAUUAUGCAAAGCAUUGCACCAAAUGCCCAGAAGAACAGCAUGCAAAUCAAGCAAGAGACAAAUGUGUCCCCAAGAUUAUAACAUUUCUCACUUAUGAAGAACCCUUGGGGAUCCUCCUGGUGUCCUUUGCUCUCUUCUUGUGCUUAACCACUGGUGUUGUCCUAGGAAUCUUCAUUAAAUACAUGGAAACUCCCAUAGUCAAAGCUAACAAUCGAGACUUAUCCUAUAUCCUCCUCAGCUCCCUCCUGCUUUCCUUUUUGUCCUCCUUCCUCUUCAUUGGCCGGCCAAGGAAAGUGACCUGCCUUCUCCGACAAACAGCCUUCAGCAUCAUCUUCUCGGUUGCCGUCUCUUCUGUUUUGGCAAAAACCAUCACUGUGGUGCUGGCCUUCUUGGCCACAAAGCCAGGGAACAGGGUGAGGAAAUGGCUAGGGAAGAGUUUGGCCAACUCCAUUGUCCUUUCCUUUUCCAGUAUGCAGGUUGUCAUCUGCACCAUCUGGCUAAGAAUGUUUCCACCAUUCCCAGACUCCGACAUGCAGUCCCAAGCUAGAGAGAUCAUCCUUCUAUGCAAUGAGGGAUCUGUUGCCAUGUUCUACACUGCCCUUGGCUACAUGGGCUUCCUGGCUGCAAUCUGCUUCACGGUGGCUUUCCUAGCCAGAAAGCUUCCCGGGUCCUUCAAUGAAGCCAAGCUGAUCGUCUUCAGCAUGCUGGUCUUCUGCAGUGUUUGGGUGUCCUUUGUGCCCACCUACCUGAGCACAAAAGGGAAGUUCAUGGUUGCUGUGCAGGUCUUCUCUAUGUUGGCCUCCAGUGCUGGGCUUCUGGGCUGCAUCUUCCUUCCCAAGUGCUACAUUAUCAUACUCAGGCCUGAUCUGAACACAAAGGCACAUCUAUCUACAAAAAGUGACAGUAGUGUCUGAUUUUUAGCUUCUUUGAAGAUUCUUAACUUCACAUAAAAUAUGUUGUUAAGGUGGACUCUACCCUGGUUUGUGUCAGGACAAUUGGAAACAAAAUUAUAUUAUGAGUUGUUCUGCAUCUGCUUGUUACGGUAUUGGAUAAUGUUGGAAAAUUACAGACUUAUUGGAUCUGGAAGGUCAUGAUAAUAGAUUUGGGUGGCAUGCUUAAUUAUGGUAUUACAAAGUUAAAGUAAAUAAAGGAUUCCAGAACCACAUUAUAAGAAAGUCGAUCUAUGAGGUAUGGGAUAGAUACAAAAAAUUAGUUGAAAGGAAAACCCCUUGUUGGCUCUCACCCUUAGAAGCGGUUUCUGUUAAAAAAUUAAAUAUGAAAGGGAUAUGGGCCACCUAUAGGGAUUUGUUAAUGGAGACA